AUGAGGGCCCAGGCCGCCGCCCCGGGCCCCCUGUGGAUCCUCACGCUGCCGCUGCUGCUGCUGCUUCUGGGGCGCCGGGUGCGCGCGGCCUCGGGGCUGGACACGGUGCCCGGGCCUGAGCCUUGCUCCACGCUGGUGCAGGGCAAGUUCUUCGGCUACUUCUCCGCGGCCGCGGUCUUCCCGGCCAACGCCUCGCGCUGCUCUUGGACGCUGCGCAACCCCGACCCGCGGCGCUACACGCUCUACAUGAAGGUGGCCAAGGCGCCCACGCCCUGCAGUGGCACCGGCCGCGUCCGCACCUACCAGUUCGACUCUUUCCUGGAGUCCACGCGCACGUACCUAGGCGUGGAGAGCUUCGACGAGGUGCUGCGUCUGUGCGACCCCUCGGCGCCCCUGGCCUUCCUGCAGGCCAACAAGCAGUUCCUGCAGAUGCGCUGGCAGCAGCCUGCCCUGGACCACACGAUGCCCAGCUGGCCCCACGGCCCCACCGACGACUUCUCUGUGGAGUACCUGGUGGUGGGCAACCGCAGCCCCAGCCGGGCCGCCUGUCAGAUGCUCUGCCGCUGGUUGGACGCCUGUCUGGGCGGCAGCCGCAGCUCGCACCCCUGUGGCAUCAUGCAGACCCCGUGUACCUGCCUGGGCGGGGACGCUGGUCCUUCUGCCGCUGGCCCCCUGGGCCCUCGUGGAGACGUGUGUCUGCAGGAUGGGGUGCCUGGAGGCCCUGAGAACUGCCUGACCAGCCUGACACAGGACCGGGGAGGGGACAGUGCUGCAGGCGGCUGGAAGCUGUGGUCACUGUGGGGCGAGUGCACGCGGGACUGCGGGGGCGGCCUGCAGACGCGAACGCGCACCUGCCUGCCCACACCCGGCGUCCAGGGCGGCGGCUGCGAGGGCGUGCUGGAGGAGGGCCGCCUGUGCAACCGCAAGGCCUGUGUCCCCGCGGCCCGCACCAACUCCAGGAGCCAGUCCUUGCGGUCCACAGACGCCCGGCGACGCGACGGGGGCGAUGAGCUGCAGCAUUUCGGGUUCCCGGCGCCUCAGACAGGCGACCCGGCGGCUGAGGAGUGGUCCCCGUGGAGCGUGUGUUCUAGCACCUGCGGCGAGGGCUGGCAAACCCGCACGCGCUUCUGCGUGUCCUCGUCCUACAGCACCCAGUGCAGCGGGCCCCUGCGCGAGCAGCGCCAGUGCAACAACUCGGCCGUGUGUCCAGUGCAUGGAGCCUGGGACGAGUGGUCACCUUGGAGCCUCUGCUCCAGCACUUGUGGCCGCGGUUUCCGGGACCGCACGCGCACCUGCAGGCCCCCCCAGUUCGGGGGAAACCCCUGUGAGGGUCCUGAGAAGCAAACCAAGUUCUGCAACAUCGCCCUGUGCCCGGGCCGGGCAGUGGACGGAAACUGGAAUGAGUGGUCGAGCUGGAGCACCUGCUCCGCCAGCUGUUCCCAGGGCCGGCAGCAGCGCACGCGGGAGUGCAACGGGCCUUCGUAUGGGGGCGCUGAGUGCCAGGGCCACUGGGUGGAGACGCGGGACUGCUUCCUGCAGCAGUGUCCAGUGGAUGGAAAGUGGCAGGCCUGGGCCACCUGGGGCAGCUGCAGUAUCACGUGCGGGGGCGGCACACAGCGCCGGGAACGCGUCUGCUCGGGGCCCUUCUUUGGAGGAGCAGCGUGCCAGGGCCCACAGGAAGAGUACCGGCAGUGCAGCGCCCAGCGGUGCCCUGAGCCGCACGAGAUCUGUGAUGAGGACAGCUUUGGUGCCGUGAUGUGGAAAGAGACACCUGCUGGGGAGGUGGCUGCUGUCAGGUGUCCCCGCAAUGCCACAGGCCUCAUCCUGCGACGCUGUGAGCUGGAUGAGGAAGGCAUCGCCUACUGGGAGCCCCCCACCUACAUCCGAUGCGUCUCCAUUGACUACCGAAACAUCCAGAUGAUGACCCGGGAGCACCUGGCAAAGGCUCAGCGCGGGCUUCCAGGGGAAGGCGUCUCUGAGGUCAUCCAGACGCUGGUGGAGAUCUCUCAGGACGGGGCCAGCUACAGCGGAGACCUGCUCUCCACCAUCGAUGUCCUGAGGAACAUGACAGAGAUCUUCCGCAGGGCCUACUACAGCCCCACCCCCGGGGACGUGCAGAACUUUGUUCAGAUCAUCAGCAACCUGCUUGUGGAGGAGAAUCGGGACAAGUGGGAGGAGGCCCAGCUGGUGGGCCCCAACGCCAAGGAGCUGUUCCGCCUGGUGGAGGACUUUGUCGAUGUCAUCGGCUUCCGCAUGAAGGACCUCCGAGACGCCUACCAGGUGACAGACAACCUGGUCCUCAGCAUCCAUAAGCUUCCAGCCAGCAGGGCCAUGGACAUCAGCUUCCCCAUGAAGGGCUGGCGGGCCACUGGUGGCUGGGCCAAAGUGCCUGAGGACAGGGUUACUGUGUCUAAGAGUGUCUUCUCCACGGGGCUGGCAGAGACAGAUGACUCGUCCGUGUUCGUGGUGGGCACUGUGCUGUAUCGCAACCUGGGAAGCUUCCUGGCUCUGCAGAGGAACACCACUGUCCUCAACUCCAAGGUCAUCUCCGUGACCGUGAAGCCACCCCCUCGCUCCCUGCUCACGCCCCUGGAGAUUGAGUUUGCACACAUGCACAAUGGCACCACCAACCAGACCUGCAUCCUGUGGGACGAAACGGACAUACCCUCCUCUCCCCGCCCUCACUGGUCUGGUGUGCCCACAGGGUGGCAGGGCUGCCGCACGGUGCCCCUCGACGCCCUCCGGACGCGCUGCCUCUGUGACCGGCUCUCCACCUUCGCCAUCUUAGCCCAGCUCAGCGCCGACGCGAACAUGGAGAAGGCCACUGUGCCAUCGGUGGCCCUCAUCGUGGGCUGCGGCGUGUCCUCGCUCACCCUGCUCUUACUCAUCAUCAUCUACGUCUCUGUGUGGAGGUACAUCCGCUCGGAGCGAUCAGUCAUCCUCAUCAACUUCUGCCUGUCCAUCAUCUCUUCCAAUGCCCUCAUCCUUAUUGGACAGACCCAGACCCGCAACAAGGUGGUGUGCACGCUGGUGGCCGCCUUCCUGCACUUCUUCUUCCUCUCCUCCUUCUGCUGGGUGCUCACGGAGGCCUGGCAGUCCUACAUGGCCGUCACAGGCCGCCUCCGGAACCGCCUUGUCCGAAAGCGCUUCCUGUGCCUGGGCUGGGGUCUGCCUGCGCUGGUUGUGGCCAUCUCCGUGGGCUUCACCAAGGCCAGAGGGUACAGCACUGUCAACUACUGCUGGCUCUCCCUGGAGGGGGGCCUGCUGUACGCCUUCGUGGGACCAGCGGCCGCUGUGGUGCUGGUGAACAUGGUCAUUGGGAUCCUGGUGUUCAACAGGCUGGUGUCCAAGGAUGGCAUUACGGACAAGAAGCUGAAGGAGCGGGCAGGGGCCUCGCUGUGGAGUUCCUGCGUGGUGUUGCCGCUGCUGGCGCUGACCUGGAUGUCAGCUGUCCUCGCUGUCACCGACCGCCGCUCCGCCCUCUUCCAGAUUCUCUUCGCGGUCUUCGACUCACUGGAGGGCUUCGUCAUAGUGAUGGUGCACUGCGUUCUCCGCAGAGAGGUCCAGGACGCUGUGAAGUGCCGUGUGGUGGACCGCCAAGAGGAGGGCAAUGGGGACUCUGGGGGCUCCUUCCAGAAUGGCCACGCACAGCUCAUGACGGAUUUCGAGAAGGACGUGGACCUGGCCUGUAGAUCAGUGCUGAACAAGGACAUCGCGGCCUGCCGCACGGCCACCAUCACAGGCACGCUCAAGCGGCCAUCGCUGCCCGCAGAAGAGGAGAAGCUGAAGCUGGCCCAUGCACAGGCGCCGGCCUCCAACUUCAACAGCCUCCCAGCCAACGUGUCCAAGCUGCCGCUGUACGGCUCGCCCCGCUACCCUGGCACCGGGCCGCUGCCCGACUUCCCCAAUCACUCGCUGACCCUCAAGAAGGACAAGGCCGCCAAGGCCGCCUUCGUCGGCGACGGGGACAUCUUCAAGAAGCUGGACUCGGAGCUGAGCCGCGCCCAGGAGAAGGCUCUGGAUACGAGCUAUGUGAUCCUGCCCACGGCCACGGCCACGCUGCGGCCAAAGGCCAAGGAGGAACCCAAGUACAGCAUCAACAUCGACCAGAUGCCCCAGACGCGACUCAUCCACCUCAACAUGGCCCCUGAUGCCGGCUUUGCCCGCAGCCCCCCGACCCAGCCCUUGCCCCCACCGCCCACCCUGGAGUCGGCACCGCCCAGCCUGGGUGAGGCAGGGGAGCCGACAGCCCACCCGGGGCCCAGCACAGGCACGGGCACGAUGCCCAAGAACGAGAACAUCUCCACGCUGUCCGUGAGCUCCCUGGAGCGGCGGAAAUCGCGGUACGCCGAGCUGGACUUUGAGAAAAUCAUGCACACCCGGAAGAGACACCAGGACAUGUUCCAGGACUUGAACCGGAAGCUGCAGCACGCGGAGAAGGACAAGGAGGCGCUGGGCCCGGACAGCAAGCCGGAGAAGCAGCAGACCCCCAAUAAGCGGCCGUGGGAGAGCCUGCGAAAGGCGCACGGCCCGCCGGCCUGGGUGAAGAAGGAGCUGGAGCCGCUGCCGCCGUCGCCGCUGGAGCUGCGCAGCGUGGAGUGGGAGAAGACGGGGGCCACCAUCCCGCUGGUGGGCCAGGACGUCAUCGACCUGCAGACCGAGGUCUGA